AAAGGUGGCGCAGGCGCGGUGCGGUUUAUUUCCGGUCGCCAUUCUGAAGUUGAUAAUGGCUUCUCUUCCCGGCCUGGGUAUUAGCAGUCUUUGUGUGAAUCGUAUGUUACGGGAGAUGCGAGCUAUAGGCGGAUUGUAGUGUACGAGCUGUAGAGCACCGGGAGGACACCAGGUACUCUGCAUGGACCACCUCAGAGCUCUUUUCAGGGUUUCCAUUUUUCUUGCACUAUGUUCUAUUGUGGUCCCUCCUCUCAUCACUCAUAAUCCCUGGAUCACCGUGGACUGGUAAGAUGAUGAACAACGUGACAGCAGACAAGUGGUUGGCUUUAUAAAUGCUCAUAUAUGGCUCAUUGACUCAGUAAAAGCCCAAACAGUGAAACGGUAACGGCGAAUAUUUUCUGGACUGUCAUAGAAAAAGGCAGCAUCCCUGUCCAAUAAUGGCAUCAAGACAACCUGAUGUACCUGCCAUUGAGCACGGCUCGAGUGGGCUUCUAGGAAAAAUGUCCCUGCCUAUCGGGAUGCACCGUCGUGCUUUCAGUUAUGACGAUGCUCUGGAGGAUACGGCACCAAUGACGCCACCCCCGUCGGACAUGUGUACUAACAGCCUGUGGAGAAAACCUGUAAUCCCAGAACGUAAAUACCAGAAGCUGUCUAAGGUUGAGGAAGGGGAUAACAGUAUGCCCCCACCUGCUCUACCCCAUUCCUCUACUGUUGAAAAGGCACCUGUGGUGAAGGCUAAAGCAACUUCUGUCAUCAUGAACUCUCUUUUAACAAAACAUACACAAGAGAGCAUUCAGCGCUUCGAGCAGCGGGCUGGUCUCAGGGAUGCUGGCUAUACUCCACACAAGGGCCUUACUACUGAAGAGUCCAAAUACCAUCGGGUGGCGGAGGCCCUGCAUAAGUUAAAGAUGCAGACUGGGGAUUCAAGCGAAGAGAGACAAAGUUCAUCUGCUCAGUCCACACCUUGCAGCACUCCAAGCUCUUCACCAAAGCAAAUGCGCAGAUCAUGGUUUAGUCAGGGUUCCACUACCUCCCUUCCAGCUGGUGAGCUUCAGAGCACUGACACGGAUAAAUGGGGCAUGUUUACUUCUCGUGCAGUGCAAAAGUCAACCACAGAUCCAGGUGGCUUCACUGUCCAGUCUUACAAAGGUGCUCCGAAACCAACUCCUAUGGAACUGAUGCGAGCUCAGGCUACCCGAAUAGCAGAUGAGCCUGCUGCUUUGAAACCACCCAAAAUUGAAAUGCCACCAUUAGUUGCUCCAAAUACGAAAACUCCCGGAGGCCACAACCUUAAACCACGUGACAUGAACAUUCUCACUCCCACCGGCUUCUAAGUCGUGCAACUCUCUUCAUAAGAUGGUCUAGUAGUAGACUCUUUCCCACGGGAGCACAACACACAUCCUCUAUCCUAUACAAAGUCAGUUAAGCAUUCUCCAGUCUUCUCUCAUGAUGUGGGCUUUAAUUGAUUCUUAGUUAUUUGACAGAAGACAAAUUGCUGCUUUUCUUUACAGACAGGUCAGUCCGGAAACUGUUGUAACUAUGCAUAUUGUGAUUAGCUGUUUAUAUUUCUUCGACUUGCGUACACAGAUGGUGACAUGUGCCACAGCUUGUCAUAAUGUUAACCCUUGACCUUCCACUCCCUUCAUAAACUUUUAGCAGGGAUACCCUAAUAUGUAGGUAUUAUGUUCCAGGACCGUGCCGUCUUGUACUACGACCACUCUAGUUUCCCACACCAGGUUUUGUAAAUGUCACAGAUAACUUGCAGUAAGAGAAACGUGCAAUAGCUAAUGUUACUUGGGACUCCGGAGCUUUGCCUGACUAAUGCAAAGUAAAUCUUCAACACUUAGGUUUCCAAUGUGUAAAUUCAGCAAUAUGUAUCCAGCUCAACAUAUGGACAAAUGAGUUCCUGCUUCCUAUCUAACGUGGGCACAUGCCGACUGCUUAGUAUUUUCUUUUUCCAUUCCAUUUUAAAGAUAUUGCACACGGAAAUUCGGUUGGAUUUAAUUUAUUCUUAUGCAUUUUGUGUGUGCACUUAUUUGUCCUUUGUGCCUCCCAUUUAUGGUCUAAAAUAAAC